CGUCCAUGUAGGGCGCGCGCUGCUCGCGGUUCAGCGCCGAGAAGAGCAGGCACGAGAGCAGGAAGGCGCCGCUGAUGGCGGCGGAGAAGCCAUAGGCCUCGGAGCGCUCCAUGGCGCGGGACGGAGCGGGCCGAGCCGGAGCUCGGGGCGGGGGGCGAGCCUGGCUUUCCGGGGGAGGGAGCGAUUGCCCGCAGCACGCGGAGGAGGGAGCGGCUGAGCCGGGUGCGGAGAGCGGGGGGAGCGGUGCCCACGCGGGCUGGCUGCUGAAACUCCCCCUGCUCUGAGCAGCCCCUUGGGGAGCGCCCCGCGGUGGCCGAUGCCUCAGAGCAUUGCAGAGCCACCUCGGCUCAGACACGCCUUCAACCUCCGGCGGCCUGGAGCUCUGGGGUUUUUUGGGAUGCAGCAUUUCACACAUCAACUGGAACUAUUUCCUGACUGUAGUGUGACUCUUGUUUUGUUUAAUGAUGUCAAAAAUUCUGUUGCUCUAAGAAAAAAAGCAAUGGAAGGAUCUAUUGAAGGAGCAUUAAUAAAUCCUGCAAUGAUUGUUGAUCCGUUUCAGAUUCUUGUGGCAACAAACAAAGCCGUUCACCUGCACAGGAUUGGUAAAAUGAAGACUAGAACUCUUAAUGCAGAAAUUAUUUUCAAUCUUUCCCCAAACAACAAUAUUUCAGAUGCAUUGAAAAAGUUUGGUAUUUCAGACAAUGAUUCUGCAGUGCUCAUUGUUCUAAUUGAAGAUAAAGAAAAAACUGUAAAUCUGGAAAGCAUAAUAUCUCAAGUGGAAGGCCAGCAGGUUUCUCUAGCAGAACUCCACAAAAUAACAGACAUAGCCAAAGUUAAAAAGAUGUACAGACUUACUCCACAGGAAGAAAAAAUUGGCACAUUACUUGAUGGCAUCAUUUGCAGAAUGUCAACAAAAGAUAUUGCAUGAAAACAUUCAAAUAAAAGAAAAAAUCCACUUUAAAGCUACAGGAACAACUAUUGCAACCAUUCGUAUUAGUUUUGGACUUUUUCGCAAUACUAAAAUACUUUGCACUCCUCUAUUUUAUUUUGCUUGGAAGAGUAAGAAGAGUCACUAAAACAUUCUGUGAAAGAAACUGACAGGACAUAAACCACUAAAGGAACACUGAAGCAAUAUUUAAUCUUAAGCUUCAUUCAACUUCAGAAAUGCGUCACAUAGUGCAGUACUGAGCAGAGUUUGAAUUCUCACAACUUGUACAGAUUCUACCCAUUGUUUUAUUUACAAAUAUUUUUUAAAAUAAUUUUUCCCAAUAUCUUUUAACUGGUCAUAAACAUAAGGUUUCAAAAUCUUUUACUACUUACCUUUGUUGUAAAGUGCUUUAAGAUAAUCAGAUAUGCCACUAACAGUGCAAACUAUUUUUAUUAUCCCUAAUGCCUGCAAUGACUUGGUUUGCAUGAGCAUGGAGAAUAAAGGAUACAGAGACAUUU